GAGAGAUCAGAAGAUUACACGGAAGAGAGAGAAGAUGUCUGGUGUGAUGGGAGAGGACGGUCUGGUCCCCAGAGCGCGCAGCAGGCUGCCGGUGGUGUGUUCUGCUGGACUGGGGCUUUUCAUGCUGCUGGUCGCUUGGCUGCUGGACCCUGCCAGGUUCAGUGAUCGAGCUGGAAUUAUCAUUUUUUGCAUCACAGUUGAAACGUUCAUUCACAGUAUGUGCUUGCUUGCAGAGGAGUGGCUCUUCCAUUCAAAGCAAAGGUAUCAUGGCAAAAUAAAUAAGAUCUUUCAGGCUUGCUUUAGAAGGCAUGUCGUUCUCGGAAUGUGUCCAAUAUGCCUGCUAGUGUUGUGGAAAAUUUCAUUCUCUGGAGAACAGAAGAGCACCAUUGCCCUCAUGUGUGCCGUUUCCCUGUUACUCAAAAGCUCGGGGUUUCUGGGCCCUGCUCCGGUUGAGAUCUCAGAAAUUUGUGAAAUGAAGAAGAUGAAUGUGGCACAUGGUUUGGCCUGGUCUUUCUAUCUUGGCUACCUCAGAUUUCUCCUUCCAGAUUUACAGAACAAGGCGAUUCAGUACUCCUCCACCAAGGGGAAACUGAGCUCUCCACGUCUACAUAUCCUUCUGCCCCUCAACGCCAGGGUUCCAACCAAACCUGAAGAUGAGGACACUAAUGUGAUCUUCAGCGAGAACCUCCCCGAACUGGAGCGGGACACAGCAGGGGUGCGGAAACGUAGCUACAAGAAUAGUGUCUACAAGAUCACUCAGGACAGAGAGACUUUUAGCUGUGUUCUGGAAUACGCCACACCACUGCUGACGCUGUAUCAGAUGUCCCAUGAGAGCAGUGCAGGGUUUGGAGAAAACGAACGAAAGCAGCAGGUCCUGUUGUUCUACAGAACGCUCAGCCAAAUUCUGGAAGAUUCUCUCGAGUGCCGGAACCGUUACCGUCUCAUCCUGCUCAAUGAUGAGCACACAGGUGACCCUCAUUACCUCUCCAGAGAGAUCAUCCAGCACCUGAAACAGCAGGACAGAGAGAUUCACAUGAAUCCCAUCCAAGAGCUACCGAAUGAAGUCCAUCCUGUUCCAGAAGAGGGUCCGAUUAGGAAUUUGAAUGGUGCGCAUCAUCCAGAAGACCCAAUAAGCAAUGACCCCACCCUCAUGUUUAGCCAGCCACAUUCCUUAAGAUCUGAACCAGUGGAGACCACUGAUUAUUUUAACCAACCUAAUAAUGCAAAGAGAUGAGGCUGAAUCAUACAGUGCUCUGCAUGAGAUCAUGGUUGCUUGUGUUCAGUCCUAGAAUUAUUCAACAGACCUUGAUGUAAUAAUAAUAUUUAAGAAUCCAUUAAAUCAGCUGUUCAUUACCAGCCUCAUUUUCUCUGUUUCCUCUCUGUCGUGUCUUGUUCUGUAAAUAUGAAAAAUGAUCUACCAGCACUCAAAUAUAUGCUCAUGACACAUUCACACUUCUAGUGAUAUUUUACUUUUAGUAUUAUUUU